GCUGCCUAGGCGCCCUCGGACCAAGUCUCGGGAAGUUCACUCCGCGUCGCGCUAGUCCGGGGAGACUAAAAACUCGGGUAAACCCAGACUGUCCGGGGAAGACGGAGCCCACCCCCGCCUGGGCGCCAGACCCUUCCAGCUGCUUGGAGCUCAGAGACUAGAUCCCAGCCGGACUGCAGAGGCCUCUCUGGUUACCCCUUGCAUCCUGGCGCCCCCAAACUCGGGGUGGGUGGCGGCGAGGAGCGUGCGCCCAGAAAGGCAAGCAGUCAGCGUUAAGGGCCGGAGGUGGAGAGAACCCUGCCUCCCGCCUCCCCCGAUCGCCAUGACUCUGGCUUCCCGAAGAGACCUGGUGGCCGCCGGGCGCUCCCACCUGGGCUGCGGUGCGGCUCCGGGUCCCCUGCCCUCCCUCCCCACCGCGCGGGCGCCUGCAGCCGGGGGCGCACAACCUGGUGGCCACUGGCGCCUGGGGGCUAAAAGAGCAGCUCCCAGCCUCCAGCCCGCACGGUGCCGGGACAGCCGAGUCCGCCGCGGCCCUUCCCUAGCCCCACGCCCCCAGGCAGGCCGCCAGGAGCCAGCUCCACCGAAGGCAAGGCGGCCGGCACGGCCCCCAGCCCGCGCGGUGGGUGCCCCAGUGCCGGAGCCAACAGGUACGGGAGGUGCUGUCUGCCAAUCGUCUGCCCACUCCGAGCACGGGGGCCCGCGACAGCCCGGGGGUUUGGACACCCUAGAGAGAAGCGAGAACCGAGGGAAGAGGAAAAGAGAGAGCGCGCGCGGGCAAGAAGUGGAGACCUCCAGGAAAGAUGAUGGUGUAAGUGGACAUUUUUAAAACCUCCUCCCUGAAACCUACAAAAACCAACAAAGGAACUAAUGAUUAAAAUGAAAACCAAACUGAAACUUAGAGACAGCCUUAACCUUGCCCUACAAAUGCCAAAGAAUACUUGCCAGAUACAACACAACUUGAACCAAAAUGAAAUAUGAUGCUGGAGUUUGGCCACAAUUCCUGCGCUUCGGAACCAACGCAGUGCUGCGGGCCCAAGAGCCUUGCUAAUACAUUCCCCCACCCCAAGCUGAGAUCUGGCGAUGUGGUUGGACUCAGAAUGAGAAAGGUUCCUCCUGCACCACAGAUCAGCUCCAGCGGAGAGGCCUCGUGGGACCAGGUACUGCCAGUGUUAAUGAGUCCCAGCUUUUUUAUGGUGAAACAAAGGGAUUCGAUUGGAAAUAAAGCAAAUUUCUUAUCAAAGAAGAAAAUUAAAGGUAGAGAAAAGUGUGUGCUGAUACCACCCCCACCCCAUCCCUAAUCAAAUCUCGGGGCUGCCUUGAUCUUACCGUAAGCAUCGUGAAUGAAGUUUUUGAAUGCUUUUAAAUACACAAAUGAGACUCACGUCAAAUCAACGGAAUCAAUCUACAAAAGUGAGGCCCAAACAGUAGUUGAGAAAACUCCCCAUUAUGAGAUAACAUGUUUAGCCUAAUCAAUAGGCAAAAUUUAAAAAUAUUUAUAG